CUUCACCCUCAUUCCAAUCCCACCGUCCAUAGGAAGCGAUCGUAGCCAUCGCCUUCUCACUAGUGUUUCUUGACGCCACGUGUCGUCUCAACACGUGUCGCUGAGAUGGGCUAAUGUUAUCCUUUCUUCCUCUCUAUAAAUGAAGCUCCCCCGCCUAAUGGUCACCUCCUCCACAUUCAAAAUUUCCAAAGCUCACAUUGUUGUGAGAGUUUUCUUUUCUGGAAGAAAAAGCUUGCGGAAAUAAGCUUAGUUUUCUUUCAUUUUUUUUUAUAUCACUUUAUCUGGAAAAAAGGGGAUAAUUUUAAAAGAAAAUUCUGUACAGAAAUCAUGGCUUUGAAUAUAACCCACCAGAUUGGAGCACUCGUGGGAACUCCAAUCUCAGUAGAACCGAUCAGCACCACCGCAAGUGAAUCUACGGCCACGGUCAGUGCUUCUGCGGUGUGGAAAACUCCUACGCUUAUUCCACGGUCCAAAAUUCAAAGAACAAAUGGGGUUGAGCCAAAAUCUCGGCUGGCGAGCCCUUGUCCGUUUCCAGUACAAAGCGGCAUCCGAGCAGAUCUUUCCGCAGCUUGCCACGCUUUUGCGAUGGAGGAGAUGACAUUGGAGACCACAAAGGAGGGAGAGGAAGAGAGGAUGUAUAGAGAAGGUUCUGGGAAGGAGAAAGGGAAGGGAGUGCCUGUGUUCGUGAUGAUGCCGUUGGACAGCGUGACCAUGGGCAACACUGUGAAUCGGAGGAAGGCGAUGAACGCCAGUUUACAGGCGUUGAAGAGCGCCGGAGUUGAAGGAAUCAUGAUGGACGUAUGGUGGGGAUUGGUUGAGAGAGAAGCACCUGGGGUGUAUAAUUGGGGAGGGUAUACUGAGCUUUUGGAGAUGGCGAAGCGGCAUGGGCUCAAGGUUCAGGCAGUCAUGUCGUUUCACCAGUGUGGAGGAAACGUUGGCGACUCCUGCACUAUCCCAUUGCCCAAGUGGGUUGUGGAGGAGAUUGACAACGAUCCAAAUCUUGCAUACACGGAUCAGUGGGGAAGAAGGAAUUAUGAAUAUGUAUCUCUAGGCUGUGAUACCCUUCCGGUCCUUAAGGGGCGAACGCCCGUGCAAUGCUACUCCGAUUUCAUGCGAGCAUUCAGAGACAACUUCAGAAACCUUCUCGGUGAUACCGUUGUGGAAAUUCAAGUGGGAAUGGGUCCAGCAGGCGAGCUUCGCUAUCCCUCAUACCCAGAACAGAAUGGAACAUGGAAAUUUCCAGGAAUUGGAGCCUUCCAAUGUUAUGAUAAGUAUAUGCUUAGCAGCCUGAAAGCUGCAGCUGAAGCAGUUGGCCAGCCAGAAUGGGGUAGCACAGGUCCUACUGAUGCUGGUCACUAUAACAAUUGGCCAGAAGAUACCCAAUUUUUCCGUAAAGAAAAUGGUGGUUGGACUUAUCCUUAUGGUGAAUUUUUCCUUAGUUGGUACUCUCAGAUGCUCCUCGACCAUGGUGAGAGGAUACUUUCAUCAGCCAAGGCCAUCCUUGAGAACACUGCCGUAAAGAUUUCAGUAAAGGUUGCAGGAAUUCACUGGCACUAUGGGACACGGUCCCAUGCCCCAGAGCUUACUGCUGGGUAUUAUAACACAAGAUUUCGGGACGGUUACCUUCCUAUUGCACAAAUGUUAGGACGCCAUGGUGCAGUUUUCAACUUCACUUGUAUUGAGAUGCAUGACCACGAGCAGCCACAGGACGCCCUUUGCUCACCGGAGAAGCUUGUCAUGCAGGUGGCUUUGGCAACUCAGGAAGCACAAGUUCCACUCGCUGGAGAAAAUGCCCUUCCCCGAUAUGAUGACUACGCACAUGAGCAAAUCUUGCGGGCAGCUUCACUGAACAUUGAUGAGAAUUCUGGUGAGAGAGAAAUGUGUGCAUUUACAUACUUGAGGAUGAGUCCCCAUUUAUUCCAGGAAGAUAACUGGAGACGAUUCGUAGCAUUUGUGAAGAAGAUGAAGGAAGGGAAGAAUGCAGAACGGUGUCGGGAGGAGGUUGAACGGGAAGCUGAGCAUUUUGUGCAUAUAAGUCAGCCUUUAGUUCAGGACGCUGCAGUGGCUCUCUAAUUCAAUAAGGAUUUGGUUAACUUGCAAGCUUUGUUUCACAGCGAGGCAACCGACUCUUUUAGCUUUGUUAUAGCUGCCUUUUUAAUGCUGUAGCAAUAGACAUUUGCUCCUAGUGAUGUUGUACCAGAAAAGUGAAUUCAGGAAAUAUGCUGUUAGUAUACAAAUGUUAGUAAAUUCUUUUCCUUUUUC